UCUGCCUAUCUCCGGGCCAGAGCCCCUCCCCUCGGCCCGCGCGGGAGGAGUGUGACCCAGGUGCCGCUUCCUCUCGCCGCUGAGGGUCAGGAGCCCGGGAGCGCGACCCUCCCCCGGCCCGGCCCGGUCCGGUCCUUCCCCGCGGUCUCUGCCCGGGCUGAUGCCCAGGACCAGCAGCCCCAACGGCACGGCGCGGCCACUCGGCCUCGGGCCUUAUCCAGGGAUGUCCUCCCACUCCACCACAAUGGACAUUACCACCAUUGACGGUGAGCUCUCAUCGCACAGCCCCACCACAAUGUACACUUCUAUCACUGCAGGGCCUUAUCCAGGGGUGACCCACGCCCUCACCACAAUGGACAUUGCCAUCAUUGCAGUCGUGAUUGCUGUUGUGGUCAUCGUCCUAGUCUGCCUCCUCUUCGUCUUGCUGCACUACAUGUACCGGCACAAGGGCACGUACCACACCAAUGAGGCCAAGGGCACGGAGUUUGCUGAGAGUGCAGAUGCAGCCCUGCAGGGCGACCCUGCCCUCCAAGAUGCUGGUGACAAUAGCAGAAAGGAGUACUUUAUUUGAGGGACAACAGACUUCACUUCCCUGAAUGCCUCCUCCAGCUCCAUCGGGAAAAACAUACCCCAUCGCCCAGCAGCACCCCUACUGAUACCACCAGGCAGAAAGAGAGACAGCACUUGCUCCUUCCCGAGAUAGGCACCUGGAAACACUAGGUACCUGCCCAGGGAGGAACGGAGGAGGACUCGCGCUGCAAGAGGCCUCUCCCAGGGACCCAGGGAGGCGGUGGCCACCCCAGAGGUCACCCUUUGCUUCGCGGAGGUGGGAGAAAAUCUGGGCACACGGGGCCCCCUGGGUAGUGCAGGACGGUAUCAGCUCACUGGCAGGAAAGUCCUUGUUGAGGGAGAGGGGGUGCCGGGGUACCCGGGGGCUGGGGAAGCAAGGAAAUAAGUCAUCUGUGUGCUGACUGGGGAUAAUGGCAUCAAAUGUCAGUCCUUGACAUUUGGGGGGAACAGCAGGUGCCAGAGCUAAAAGGUACCUUUGUCUCCCAUUGAUCCAGCUCAAAACGAUUGGAAAUAAAUUUGAAAUGUAACCGAGCA